UAAUUUAUAUUUCAAAAAUAAAAGCUAAAACCCUAAGCUGCUUCUCCGAUUCCGCGCGCUCUCUCUCGUCUCCCCUUCUUCUCUCUCGACAACACCACGCAUCGGCGCCGACAGCACGCACCUCGGUCCCUCCCCUUUCUCCGGUUGUCCGCUACAAGCACCACGCCCAGCCCAGCAGCUUCUGACUUUUGUGGAGCAAAGGGAAUGGCUUCUGAAUCUGCUGAUUUAAAGGAAUGUUACGUUCCUGCGCCUGAAUUUCUGCAAGAUGUUAAGGAUCCACUUGUCGAUCUUAGUGGGACCGAUUCAACUGAGCUUUGGCUCAUUCAAUGGCCUAAGAAUAAUGACCCCGAUUUUGAUGGACAAGAACUGACGCUCAAGCUUGACCAUGACGGGAACCUGUCUAGCUUCAAGGGUUCAUCUGGCAAAGAAUAUGAUAUGGUUAGUUUUGCUUCUCAAGAAUCAAAUGCAACCGUUUUUUUAUCUUCUUCAACAGGCACAAAAAUUGCUGGGAAGAUUUCACGACGAGUAUCACUCGUCCACUACCCAGAGCCUCAUGAAUUGAAACAAGCUAGUUCAAGCAAAUCUAUGUAUCACAAGUCUUCUAGCAUUUCAAUGACCAAUUCUUCCCAUCACGUUGGAACACCUGCACAAAGUAGUCGGCCAAGAAACACUACUGGAACUUCAACUGGGCGUGGAACUUCCAGUCGAAGUAGCAAACAGAAAAGUUCUUUAUCAGAUCUCGGAGAGCCAUCACAAACUCCAAAGAGAAGUCGUGCAUCUGAAUCCAUCAUGUCUAUUGAUCAGUCUGCUCAAAAUUCAAGUCGAGGUCAUAGCGCUGUUACUCAUUCGGGAUCAUCGCAGCGGUCCCAUCGAGGGAAAUCAAAGAAGGGAAAACAAAAUGAGGAUUAAGGUGCCUUCUUCACUACUUGUUCUUGUAUACUUUUUAGAAGAAAUUUUUGGUAGUGAAUGAAGUUAUAUUUUACUGUCUAGUGAUUCCAGCAGUUGCUUUAAGCUUCACAAGCCUAAAUAUUUUCUUGCUCUAUCAUUCUAUGUUAUUCUUCUAUCAAGUGAUAGAAAAGUUCUGCUCAGAAUUCAAGUUCAUGCAAUGCAUAAUGCUUAUAAUAUUACCAGAAA